UUAAAAGUGCAUACUCUGGAGCGGGGAGGGACCAAAACACAGGGUUGCUCUGUCUCUAGAGAGGGUAGCUGAGCAUCCGGGCAACUGCAACCCAAAAACAGAGGUUGUAGGAUUCUUUUCUGCCCAAAGCAGUUUUGCCUCAGAUUACAUUGAUCCAGCCUGGUGAAGAUAUCUGGAGACCAUGACCAAGAAAAGAAUUGCUGUGAUUGGAGGAGGUGUUAGCGGGCUCUCCUCUAUCAAGUGCUGCCUAGAAGAAGGCUUGGAGCCAGUCUGCUUUGAAAGGACUGAUGACAUUGGAGGGCUCUGGAGGUUCCAGGAAAAUCCUGAAGAAGGAAGGGCCAGUAUUUACAAAUCAGUGAUCAUCAACACAUCUAAGGAGAUGAUGUGCUUCAGUGACUAUCCCAUCCCAGAUCAUUAUCCCAACUUCAUGCAUAACUCCCAGGUCCUCGAAUAUUUUAGGAUGUAUGCGAAAGAAUUUGAUCUUCUAAAGUAUAUUCAAUUGAAGACCACUGUGUGCAGUGUGAAGAAGCAGCCUGAUUUCUCCACGUCAGGCCAAUGGGAGGUAGUUACAGAAUCUGAAGGGAAAAAGGAGGUACAUGUUUUUGAUGGAGUCAUGGUUUGCACUGGCCAUCACACCAAUGCUCACUUACCCUUGGAAAGCUUUCCUGGAAUUGAGAAAUUCAAAGGACAGUACUUCCAUAGCCGAGACUAUAAGAAUCCAGAGAUUUUUGCUGGAAAGAGAGUCAUUAUAAUUGGCAUUGGGAAUUCUGGAGGGGAUCUGGCUGUGGAAAUUUGCCACACAGCCAAGCAGGUUUUCCUCAGCACCAGGAGAGGGGCUUGGAUCCUCAAUCGUGUAGCAGACUAUGGAUAUCCUUUUGAUGUGUUACUCUCUUCUCGAUUUAAUUAUUUUCUUUCGAAGAUUUGUGGUCAAUCAUUAAUAAACAAUUUUUUGGAGAAAAAGAUGAACCAAAGGUUUGACCAUGAAAUGUUUGGUCUAAAGCCUAAACACAGAGCUCUGAGUCAGCAUCCAACAGUGAAUGAUGACCUGCCAAAUCGUAUAAUUUCUGGCUUGGUGAAGGUGAAAGGAAAUGUGAAGGAAUUCACAGAGACAGCUGCCAUAUUUGAGGAUGGCUCCAGGGAAGACAACAUUGAUGCUGUUAUCUUUGCCACAGGCUAUACCUUUGCCUUCCCUUUUCUUGAAGAUUCUGUCCCAGUAGUAAAAAACAAGAUAUCCCUUUAUAAAAAGGUAUUCCCUCCUAACCUGGAAAAGCCAACUCUUGCAAUCAUAGGCUUGAUCCAGCCUUUGGGUGCCAUUAUGCCUAUUUCAGAGCUGCAAGGACGCUGGGUCAUUCAAGUAUUUAAAGGGCUAAAGACAUUGCCCUCAGAAAGUGAAAUGAAAGCAGAAAUAACUAAGGCUCAAGAUAAAAUUGAUAAAAGGUAUGUGGAGAGCCAACGCCAUACUAUUCAGGGAGACUAUAUAGAUACCAUGGAAGAGCUUGCUGAUCUGGUGGGUGUCAGGCCCAAUCUGCUGUCUCUGGCCUUCACUGACCCCAAACUGGCAAUACAGCUAUUUUGGGGACCCUGUACUCCAAUCCAGUAUCGUCUACAAGGCCCUGGAAAAUGGGAUGGUGCCCGAAAAGCUAUUCUCAGCACAGAAGAUCGUAUCAGGAAGCCAAUGAUGACCAGAAUAAUUGAAAGCAGUAAUUCCACGACUUCAACAAUAACAAUGGUCAGGUUUAUGGUGGCUGUUGUUUUCUUUGCUAUAAUUAUGACCUACUUUUAGCUGUCCAUUUGUCAUUGCUCCAGUUUUCUUUGGAAAACUGGAUCUAGAGAUGCCUUCAGAAUCUGAUGAGAUUGACAACUCUCAUCUUCACAUUGCCCAAGAAUCUUUUGUUUUUCAUACCAAAGCAUUAAUCCUCUGUCCUCUUUUCCCUACAAUGAGAUUAUAGACUUUCAUUCAUAUUGAUUUCCCUCUCUUCCUUCUAUGACCCAUCACUUUUUCCUUUCAGUAACCCCUGAAUUUAUGAGCUCAGGUAUUCUUUUAGUCGUCUUUGUAUGUCCUUAGCAGACUUCUUGACAUGUGGUAUGUGCUUAAUAAAUUUUUGUUGUUUAUCAAAUAUUAUGGUGGGGAGAACUCAAUAUCUAUAUAAGAAAUAGGUUACUCCAUGUAAUUCUGUGUCUGAUAGGAUUUGGUUUCCUAUUAGAAGCUCAAUAUUUUGUUUGUUUUUAAUAUUGUAACUAAAUGUGUAUCUCCUGAGAUAUAAGAGAAAUAUUGGUCUUGUAUACAUCUAAGAUAAGAUAAACAAUCAUUUUAUUUUUCUAGCUAUUCACUAGUGUGUCUGAUUUUGAUCCUUUUAACUCUUUUCCCCUAAGCAAUGUAUCUUUCUUUUAUCUUUAUUUUUUCAAUGAGAAAACUACCUUCAACUUUCUAGGCUCAUGAAUCAUUCUGAUAAUCUAGCAUCUGUCAAUAGGUUCAACUUGGUUAAAAUGCCUGGGAUUUUAGAUAAGAGUCUAAUCAGUAAAAGCCUUUUUCUGUUCAUGUCUCACAAGUUCAGUAAGUGUUAACUGCUGGGCACAUCGAAUUUCAUAAAAAAUAAUACUGGAUAUACCAGCCAGGUUUAUAUUCAUAAAUAAGUUGUUGUGCAAUACAUUUUUCCAUUGCUGCCUAUUAUUUAAUGAAAGAUUAAAUCUGAAUAAGGAACAAUAGUAGCAAGUAUUAUCUUUCCCAAUGUGAAUACACAUAAGAGAACAGAAAUGUGAGAACAACUUCUUCCUAUUUCUUCCCUAAAACUUGUGAUACUAGUGAUUUAUCAUCUGUAAAAAUGGUCUUAGUAUUUUAUAAUCUGCAGGUUAUUCUAGUUCAAAAAUAAAAGUUGCUUGCUUCUUUUUCAUUUUCUUCUUUUAACCUAUAAAUUUACCUCUUUAACGUGUGAGCUUUUUGAAUGAAUAGUCCUUUGAUAAUAUAAUAUCAUCAUCAGUAUCUCAGUUUCCUCUUUAAAUAAAAAGUGUAUCAU